AUGUCAACUGCAGGGAAAAAGCCUACUGGUGAGGAAGUUGCCCCCACCCGCAGUGAUGCCCCUACCCGAUCGCAAGAACCACAAGGACAACGCCAACAGACAGAUUCUGUAAAAACGUCAAGCAUGCCUGCGGGCGAGAAUGCCGGAGAUGGGGUCACCUUACCACCUAUUUCCCCAUCGUCUACUAAACUACGGCGUGGUUCCUUGCGUGCACGCAAUAACUCUAUACGCCACAGCCACAACCACAACUACGGUGCUACCAGCGUCGUGAUGAGCUCAUGCCCUGUUAUUCCGCAGAACGAUGGUACACGCGAUGGGGAAACGGAGUAUGUGGUGAUCAGCACGAAGGAGAUUACACACCUGAGCAACACCUUUGAUACCACACCUUCCCACGUACGUGAUGUGGCGGUUGCGGCGGAGGGUGAUCGGGAGUUAAUGCUGGCGAUUCUGCAGAGUGAAGUGGAGGAGCGCGAGCAGCGGGGGGAUUCGCCCUCGGCUUACUCCUCCGCCCGGCGGGAUCGCGGGGGUGGGUCGGGGAUUCCUCGUCUAUUGUUUGGCUCCAAGUACACUGUGCGGCGACUGAUGAAUAUUCUUGCCCUUCCACCAUCGUGGGAGUCGGAUGUGAUUCUCGCACUGAACCGCGCCGAGGGAGACGCCCAAAUCGCUCUCUCAGAGCUUGCGUUGAAGAUUGAGAAGGCAAACGGUUUUUCCACCGCUCGGCUCACACAUGAUGGAGAUCCCUUGUCGGAUGAACAGGUGAAGGAGCUGCAGAGCUUUAUGAAUAGGCUGGAUACUACGCUUGAGGUUACAAAAGCACAGGCACUCCAAAGUGAAUUUCCAGAGAGGCCAAUGCGGGAUAUUGAAGAUGCGUUGCUGCUCACUGACGGAGAUUUGGGACAGGCAAGACUCUAUUUGCAGCAGGUACCCUCCCAGAGGGUAUCACGACAGGGUAUCGAUAUCAUUAUAGGUCCUCCCCCAACGAAUGUAUUUACCAGGAGAGAGAGGCGAAGGCCAUCACGACGAUGUUCUAUGGUCAGUAUAUCAAACCCACGCGAAGAUGAUGAUAAGGGACAGAAUUCAAAAGGUACCAGUACUCGUACAAGCUUAGAGGCAGUUACUACUAAUGCUACUCCUGCUGAUGCCUCCAAAACUUCCAUUCCUUGUCCUCAAUCUGCAAGAACAGCAAGCUCUGCACGCAGUACGGACUGUCGUUCAGGGCGUCAAUCUGGAAGUCAAGUGUCCCCUGAGACUAACAACAGACUAGCAGGAACAGUAUCACUUUCAGAUCUCCCCACAACAUCGAAUACAGGAAAAACAGCGACCAAUGGGAUGAAGAUACAAAUGCCAACAUCACGGCCAAGUGGCACAAAUGUAUUCACCUCCCCGUCUUCUAUAGGGAGAGAAGUGAAGCGUGGGAACCUGGAAGCAUUAAACGUCCGUAGUGAUGAUGACGAUGAUGUUGAUCCUUUAUCACCAAAAUGUAUGGCAGCAAUUGCUUCAGCGCUUAAUGUUUCAUCAGAGAGCAGCAAAUUUGAGGAUCUACUUACAUCUCUCGAACCGUCACCCCCAUCAGCUUGCGUUUCAAAAUCAAGUUCACCUGCACGUACCGGAGUACAGCCACUAUCAACUGCACCUGCGAAGAUGGGAUCACCUUCACCGGCCAGAGUACCACCACCUCCGCCUCCAUCAUCAUCAGCAGCUGUUAAAAGUGGACCAACUGCACCAACAUCAACUACUGCAGCUGCGAAGAUGGGAUCACCUUCACCGGCCAGAGUACCACCACCACCGCCUCCAUCAUCAUCAGCAGCUGUUAAAAGUGGACCAACUGCACCAACUGGAUUACCACCACCACCUCCUCCUCCAUCAUCAUCAGCAGCUGUUAAAAGUGGACCGCCUGCACCAACUGGAUUGCCACCACCACCUCCUCCUCCAUCAUCAUCAGCAGCUGUUAAAAGUGGACCGCCUGCACCAACUGGAUUGCCACCACCACCUCCUCCUCCAUCAUCAUCAGCAGCUGUUAAAAGUGGACCGCCUGCACCAACUGGAUUGCCACCACCACCUCCACCACCAGCAAUGGGUGGUAAAGGCGCACCUCCUCCUCCUCCUCCUCCUCCACCGGUACCAAUAGGCGGUAAAGGAGCACCGCCUCCACCUCCUUUACCAGGAAUAGGCGGUAAAGGAGCACCACCUCCACCUCCACCACCUCCACCAAAGUCCACAUCGGGGCCUACACAGCUUGGUCCAACACGAAAUAUCCCUAUUGAUGCUAUACGAAGUGUUGCUAAAAACUCUGCAUUUGAGGCUGAUGGCGCUAUUGUGCUACCUGAGAAGUAUCGCAAAGAACUUAUUGAUGAGUUCAAACGUGUGGAGGCAAAGGGAGCGGCUGGACCAGCAGUCAAAAAGAAUGUAGAGGUUAUAUUGGACUCUAAUCGUGAACGUAAUGUUGGUAUCGUGCUGCAGUUUCUACGACUCCCUAUACAGACUAUUGAGGCGAGUGUGCGUACCUUUGAUGCACUCACACUUGGAGAGGAACACAUUUCUGGUCUCGUUAAGAUUAUUCCUACCGCUGAAGAUCUUCAGUCAAUUGAUCGUUGGAUGAAGCGAAACCCUAAUGUGAAAACAUCACAGCUUCAUCAGUUAAGUUUACCCGUUCGUUUUUUCUUAAUGACUAUGAAAGUUGACCAUUAUGCUGACCGAUUACACUGCUGGAACUUUAUGAAUGAGUUUGGAGGUCGAAUUGAAGAUCUUGAGUUUAAACUACAACGUGCACUGGAUGGAGUUAAUGCAGCGAUGGAAUCCCCUCAUUUACCCCGUAUGUUGCAAUUUGUUCUUGCACUUAGUAAUGUUUUGAAUACAGGCAGUCGUUUUCAAGGGGCUAAGGGAUUUCCCAUAUCGCAACUCCUACAUAUUAUUGAUUUCCCAACGACUAAUAACAAACGUGUUCUACUAGAAAUUCUGGUAGAAAUUGUUGACCAACAGGAUCCUAGUGUACACAAGUGUACAGAGGAACUUCUUCCUGCAGUGGAAUGGGCCUCUAACUUUGAUCUACCGGGAGUAGCACAAGAAGUGAAGGCUUUUCGGGGCCGUUUACAAAAAUGUGGUACACUCGUUCGUGCUAUUCCAGAUGAAAAUCAAUGGCCAGUGAAACUUGGAAGGUUUAUCCGAAAUGCUCUUCCAACGUUAGAAAGAGUAGAAGGUUUGGUGGCUGAAUUAAAUAGGAAGAUAGAAACAAUGCCAGAAUAUUUCUGUGAGAAGUCUAACUCUUUUUCAAUGAAUGAUACCAUGCGUUAUCUUGCCACCUUCGCGAAGAGGUAUGACGCCAAGAGAGCCUUAUAUGAACAGUUGAAGGAAGCGGGGCAAAUGGGAAAUGAAAGUAACAUUUCAAAGGAAACAAAUCAAAACGGUAGAGGUGAUCAACAGGAACAUUUUCGCAAUGCGGAAAAUGCCAGAGCAAAGUCAGAGUCCAGCGCGGAUAAGAACUCAAGACGAACAUUAUCUUUUAUACUGCCGCAGGAUAGACAAGAUCAACAAGGACCAAAUCAUAAUCACGAGACGCGAGGAGGAAUUACUUCUGGUAAGAUGAACGGAAAUCCACCAAGCGUUCUUAAAAACUCUACCGGAGGUCAAGGGUCUGAUACCACUGGUAAAUCUAAGAACCAAGGUGGUAAUUCCGCACCUCAGAGAGUCCUUUCCCAUUAG